CUAAUGCUUUUGGUACAAAUGGAUGUGGAAUAUAAUUGAAUAUUUUCUUAUUUAAGGGGAGCAUGAAGAGGUGUUGAGGUUAUGUCAAGCAUCUGGCACACCUGAAGGCAAACUGAAAUAUUUACAAGUACACAAUUUGAGACUAAGAUAUUGUUAUCAUUCUCCUACUGAAUACAAAAGCAAUAGUAAAACACAAAGACCUGUGAUAAAUCACCUCUGACAAGUUGGAAAUGUGUGUCUUUAUAUAUAAUGGUAAAGAAAGACACCUUCAUAACCCACAUUUUCCAAAGAGAGAAACCACAGGGAGAUGUACAGCAAUGGGGCCAUUCAGGAGUUCUGUGUUCAUCUUGAUUCUUCACCUUCUAGAAGGGGCCCUGAGUAAUUCACUCAUUCAGCUGAACAACAAUGGCUAUGAAGGCAUUGUCAUUGCAAUCGACCCCAAUGUGCCAGAAGAUGAAACACUCAUUCAACAAAUAAAGGACAUGGUGACCCAGGCAUCUCCAUACCUGUUUGAAGCUACAGGAAAACGAUUUUAUUUCAAAAAUGUUGCCAUUUUGAUUCCGGAAACAUGGAAGACAAAAGCUGACUAUGUGAGACCAAAACUCGAGACCUACAAAAAUGCUGAUGUUCUGGUUGCUGAGUCUACUCCUCCAGAUGGUGAUGAACCCUACACAGAGCACAUAGGCAAGUGUGGAGACAAGGGUGAAAGGAUCCACCUCACUCCUAAUUUCCUAGCAGGAAAAAAGUUAAAAGAAUAUGGACCACAAGGUAGGGCAUUUGUCCAUGAGUGGGCUCAUCUACGAUGGGGAGUAUUUGAUGAGUACAAUAAUGAUGAGAAAUUCUACUUAUCCAAUGGAAGAAUCCAAGCAGUAAGAUGUUCAGUAGGUAUUACUGGUAAAACUGAAGUAAACAAGUGUCAGGGAGGCAGCUGUUACACCAAAAGAUGCACAUUCAAUAAAGCAACAGGACUCUACGAAAAAGGAUGUGAGUUUAUACCCCAUUCCCAACAGACCGAGAAGGCUUCUAUAAUGUUUGCACAACAUGUUGAUUCUGUAGUUGAAUUCUGUACAGAACAAAACCACAACAAAGAAGCUCCAAACAUGCAAAAUACAAAAUGCAAUCUCCGAAGCACAUGGGAAGUGAUCCGUGAUUCUGAGGACUUUAAGAAAACCACUCCUACGACAACACAGCCACCCAAUCCCACCUUCUCACUGCUGCAGAUUGGACAAAGAAUUGUGUGUUUAGUCCUUGAUAAAUCUGGAAGCAUGGCGACUGGUAACCGCCUCAAUCGACUGAAUCAAGCAGGCCAGCUUUUCCUGCUGCAGAUAAUUGAGCUGCGGUCCUGGGUUGGGAUGGUGACAUUUGACAGUGCUGCCCAUGUACAAAGUGAACUCAUACAGAUAAACAGUGGCAGUGACAGGGACACACUCACCAAAAGAUUACCUACAGCAGCUUCAGGAGGGACGUCCAUCUGCUCUGGGCUUCGAUCGGCAUUUACUGUGAUUAAGAAGAAAUAUCCAACUGAUGGAUCUGAAAUUGUGCUGCUGACAGAUGGGGAAGACAACACUAUAAGCGGGUGCUUUAACGAGGUCAAACAAAGUGGUGCCAUCAUCCACACAGUCGCCUUGGGGCCCUCUGCGGCUCGAGAACUAGAGGAACUGUCCACAAUGACAGGAGGUUUACGGACAUAUGCUUCAGAUCAAGUUCAGAACAAUGGCCUCAUUGAUGCUUUUGGAGCACUUUCAUCAGGAAAUGGAGUUGUCUCUCAGCGCUCCAUCCAGCUUGAGAGUAAGGGAUCAACCCUCCAGAACAGCCAGUGGAUGAAUGGCACAGUGAUCGUGGACAGCACAGUGGGAAAGGACACUUUGUUUCUUGUCACCUGGACAACACAGCCUCCCCAAAUCCUUCUCUGGGAUCCCAGUGGACAGAAGCAAGAUGGCUUUGUAGUGGACAAAAACACCAAAAUGGCCUUCCUCCAAAUCCCAGGCAUUGCUAAGGUUGGCACUUGGAAAUACAGUCUGCAAGCAAGCUCACAAACCUUGACUCUGACUGUCACGUCCCGUGCAUCCAGUGCUACCCUGCCUCCAAUUACAGUGACUUCCAAAAUGAACAAGGACACUGGCAAAUUCCCCAGCCCUAUGAUAGUUUAUGCAAAUAUUCGCCAAGGAGCCUCUCCAAUUCUCAGGGCCAGUGUCACAGCCCUGAUUGAAUCAGAGAAUGGAAAAACAGUUACCUUGGAACUACUGGAUAAUGGAGCAGGUGCUGAUGCUGCUAAGGAUGACGGUGUCUACUCAAGGUAUUUCACAACUUAUGACACGAAUGGUAGAUACAGUGUAAAAGUACGGGCUCUGGGAGGAGUUAACGCAGUCAGACAGAGAGCGAUACCCCAGCAGAGUGGAGUAAUGUACAUACCUGGCUGGAUUGAGAAUGAUGAAAUACAAUGGAAUCCACCAAGACCUGAAAUUGAGGACGAUGUUCAACGCAAGCAAGUAUGUUUCAGCAGAACAUCCUCGGGAGGCUCAUUUGUGGCUUCUGGUGUCCCAAAUGCUCCCAUACCUGAUCUCUUCCCACCUUGCCAAAUCACUGACCUGAAGGCGGAAAUUCACGGGCACAGUCUCAUUAAUCUGACUUGGACAGCUCCUGGGGAUGAUUAUGACCAUGGAACAGCUCACAAGUAUAUCAUUCGAAUAAGUACAAGUAUUCUUGAUCUCAGAGAUAAGUUCAAUGAAUCUCUUCAAGUGAAUACUACUGCUCUCAUCCCAAAGGAAGCCAACUCUGAGGAAGUCUUUUUGUUUAAACCAGAAAACAUUACUUUUGAAAAUGGCACAGAUCUUUUCAUUGCUAUUCAGGCUGUUGAUAAGGCUGAUCUAAAAUCAGAAAUAUCCAACAUUGCACGAGUAUCUUUGUUUAUUCCUCCACAGACUCCGCCAGAGACACCUAGUCCUGAUGAAACGUCUGCUCCUUGUCCUAAUAUUAGUAUCAACAGCACCAUUCCUGGCAUUCACAUUUUAAAAAUUAUGUGGAAGUGGAUAGGAGAACUGCAGCUGUCAAUAGGCUAGGGCUGAAUUUUUGUGAGAUAAAUAAAAUAAAUCAUUCAUCUUUUUUUUUUUUGAUUAUAAAA